UGAUAGAGAAGUGUCUGAAGAGGGCCAGUGUCACGAGCAGGUGUUUGGCCAGUCAGAUCAGGGAGCAGCAUUUUGGCGUUCGCUCCCACAGUUGGACCAGCAAAUUACAUAUCACUGAGGGACUGCAGUAAAGCAGUUAAACUUGGCAGAAAUCUGGAGGUUCCCAACCCCCUUAAGAUGUACGGCCUGUACUUGGAAGCGGUGAAUGAUUAUAUCAAUGAGUCGUACGGAGAGGAUGUAUGGAGGCUGAUAGAGGCUCGGGCAGAGAUACCGCAUCUCAAGUUUGUCCGCCAUCAGAUGUACAAUGACAACCUAAUCCUGCGGCUAGCCAAGGCAGCUGGUGAGGUCCUGGGGAAGACCCAUGAUGAGCUCAUGUAUGCCUUCGGGGUUUACAUGGUGAAGAGGAUCGGGAACUAUGGCUACGAGAGGAUUCUCAAGGUGUUGGGGCGUAAUGUGCGUGACUUCAUCAAUGAGCUGGACAACCUGCACGAGUACUUCCGCUUCUCUUUCCCCAAGGUACAGCCUCCCAGCUUCUGUGUGGAGGAGGAGUGUGAGACCAGCCUCACCCUGCACUACCGCAGCACCCGCAAGGGCUUCACCCAGUUUGUCAAAGGCCAGCUGUCUCAAGUGGGAAGGCAGUUCUACAAUACAGACAUUGAAGUUGAGAUCCUGUCCAAAGAGGAGACUGAGAAGAUGACAUAUGUGAUCUACAAGAUGAACUUUGACAACGCUGCCUUCAAGCACCGCAUGCCCCAGCAGAAGACGGCCCCGGGGUACGAGAAACUACCCAUGAAGAGGGGCAUCUUUUUCGACAUGUUCCCCUUUAGUGUGAUCUUCCGCCGGGACAUGACCAUGUACCGCAUUGGGGACGGCCUAAAGGAGGUCUUCUCCGACCUGCAGGGCAAGAAGGUCAACGAAGAGUUCACCCUGGUGCGGCCCAUGCUGGAGUUCAGCUGGGACAACAUCUACACCCACCUUAACAAUGUGUUUGAGCUACUGUCCAAAGCUGUGGUGGAGAGCAAGCAGAAGGUGAAUGUCCCUAAACUGAGCAAGGAAAAGGAAGAUGAGGGAAAAGAGGAGAACGAGAAACCCAAGAGAGAGGAAGAGAGAGGUACAGAGAAGUCAAGGGUCCGCCCGUCGCCACAGUCAACCGACAGGAGAGAUGUGAAGUCUGUGGAGGAGAUGAAGGGGGAUCAGGAGUUCAGCAGUGCUCUGACACAGUACAACAGCUCAGCCAACUCAGGGGGAGAGGACAUCGAGCUGCUCGCCUUCCAGACUGUCACCGGGAAGUGCAGUGAAACCAUCUUCGAGGAUAUGAGGGAACCUCCCAAGAAGCCCCUCCACCUGAAGGGUCAAAUGAAGUACGUCCCCCAGUGGGACUCGCUCAUCUUCCUCAGUACACCCAUUAUAGAGACAGUGGAGGACAUGAUUAAAAUGGGCGUCUAUGUGAAUGAUCUGAACCUACACGACUCCAGCCGAGAGCUCAUCUUAGCUGGAACACAGCAGUCGGCUGAACUUCAGCUGGCUCUUGACCAGGAGCAGCAGAAGUAUGCCCAGCUCCAGGAGAUCAUCAAGAAGCUGGACGAGGAGAAGAAGAGAGGAGACUCCCUCCUCUACGCCAUGAUCCCCAAAGCUGUGGCUGACCGGCUCAGGAAGGGUAUCACGGCCCUGGAGACAUGCCAGGUGUUCCCGGACGUGACCAUCCUAUUCAGCGACGUGGUGAAGUUCAACGAGAUCUGCAUCCACAUCACGCCCAUGCAGGUGGUGGACAUGCUCAACGAGAUCUACAUCGUCUUCGACACGCUCAGCGAGAAGCACAACGUCUACAAGGUGGAGACCAUCCGAGAUGCCUACAUGGUGGUGGCAGGCGUGCCCAAUAAGACAACCUUCCAUGCACACCACAUAUGUGACAUGGCCCUGGACAUGCUGAGCUCCAUCGACCACCUCAAAGACCCCUCCACUGGAGACAAUAUCCAGAUCAGAGUCGGGAUCCACUCAGGGAUGGUGGUGGCUGGGGUGGUGGGGCUGAAGAUGCCUCGCUACUGUCUGUUUGGAGACACAGUCAACACUGCCUCCCGCAUGGAGAGCAAUGGGGUGGGCAUGCAGAUCCACAUAAGCCAGACCACCAAAGACCACUUGGAACAUGAGCCCUACAUAAUUGAGGAGAGGGGAAAGAUUUUUGUGAAGGGUAAAGGCUACAUGAAGACAUAUUGGCUGAAGGGGAAGAAGGACCUGUCGUUUAAGACUCCAGCAGAGCUCCGCUACAGCAGUGAACAGAAGGACUCAGAGGACAGGAGCUCCAAUGGGUCCACCUGCACCAACACCAAGCGCUCCACCUCCAACCUGAACAUUCCCAACGAGGAGCAGGCAGAGGGCAAGCCCACCCCCACAGAGCUGCCUGCAGAGCCCUUACCUUCACUAGAGGGCGCCCCUGAGGACCCCACAGACCCCACCGAGCCCCAGGAGAAGAAAGUAAAAAAGAACACUAAGAACAACAACAAAGGGGGCGUGGCCAAGCCCGAAGCUCCUCCCCAGCAGGUCAAUGUAGUGCAGGAGAGUGCAGUUCUUCCUGCUGCUGCCCAGGAGACCCCCACGGCUCCCCCGGCCUCCGCCGCCCCAGUGCUCAACAACAAGAAGAACAGCUUCAGGCAGCACACCAAGCUGCCCGCCCACCUUCCCAUGCGCAGCACUUCCUGCUGCCUACUGUGAGAGGAGAGGCUAAAAUAAUGUGACUGGCCUGCAUCUUAUUGACAGUCCUGUGAAGGCAAACCUGAAACUGACCCUAACCUUGAACCUCAACCAAUUAGAAAAUUCUACAUGGUUUCGCUGGUUAGUCAUGUCCCUUUUAGUUUUUCCCUACUGUGAGAUGGACCAGGCCAGAGUUCAAGACCUCUCAGAUCAUGGGCCAGCCUUCAUGUUCGAUAUAUUUUAUGAUGCCCUGGUGUCUAUCCUAUGUUUUUUCUUAGGCAGGACCUGAGGGUCCCCACAGCAAUAUUCAGGGCAUCCCACACCUAAAUGUAAUGUAUUAAUCAAUUUAUUCAAGGUGGAGUAACAGAGGUAGACAGGGCGGACCACCUCACCUAAGUAAUAAUAGUGGAAACAUUGAUGCUCCUAAAAUUAAACAAAUGUGACAUUGCUGAAAAGGGAAAAAAACAUUUAUCUCCCAAACAAAUAUAUACUGAUACUCAUGUCUUGAUGACAUGUUAAACAGUGGGCCUUUUUUGGUAAUACAAGCACCUGGCUAAUGUUAUGGAUUUCUGCAUGUUGUUGAUAGGAAACAGGUCAAUAAAUGUACAGUUCAUGUACUAUUUAUUAAGUUAUUACCGUUGGUGAAAACACAUUUUCUAAUUACAGGAUCACAAUGGAUUGGUAUACAGAGUAAGAUGAUAUGUCAAGAGAUGGUUGUAUUUUAUUUGCAUAAACUAGUUCUGAGAAGUCUGACACAAGUUACAGUUCUGAUACUGUAUUUAAUGAUGGAAUAAUAUUGACUUUAAUAAUCAUUUAUAUAAUAGCGCUUUUCCUAAUGCUGUAAGUGCUUUACUUUUCUGUUUUGUAUUUGUAAUUUGUUGCACGUUUACUGUAUGUUAGCACUUCUUUGUCCAUAAAAACUGUACAGACAAACACGUCACGUGUUUAUUUCCUUGUUGAUAUCUGUAAAUGUUUUGCUUGACAAUAAACACACACAAA